GACGUAUGAUCAAAGGAAGUUCUUCUCUGUCCUAGGGAGGAGCUAGUUUAAGUUUACCUAAUAAAGUAUUGUAUUGUACUAUGUUUGAUACUGUACAUGUAGUAUAAUGUAGGCCCAGUUAUUUCGCGAUAUCUCAAAAAGGACUCUGGAGAGUUAAUUUACUCUAGGAAUCAUCUCAAGAAACAGGAAAGCGGAACAACACGCAGAAAGAAGCAAGAAGAUAAAAGACAAGAAAAACCAACCCAAACAUUUCCACCGUGGUCGUUUACAUAACCUCUAACCUGGCACGGCUUUAUAAUAUUUUUUUAAUAAAUAAUUCCCCAGUAACACAAACACAGCGCCACGUGCAACAAUGUCCCUGGCCUUGAAACAAGUCUUCAACAAAGACAGGACAUUCCGGCCCAAGCGCAAAUUCGAGCCAGGAACCCAGCGGUUCGAGCUGCACAAGAAGGCCCAGGCGUCGCUGAAUGCCGGCCUGGACCUGAAGCAGGCUGUGCAGCUCCCCCACGGGGAAGAUCUCAACGACUGGGUGGCGGUACACGUGGUGGACUUCUUCAACCGCAUCAACCUCAUCUACGGCACCGUCAGCGAGUCCUGCACCGACCAGUCCUGCCCCGUCAUGUCCGGAGGGCCCAAGUACGAGUACCGCUGGCAGGACGAGCAAAAGUACAAGAAACCCACCGCCGUGCCAGCCCCCAAGUACAUGAGCCUCCUGAUGGACUGGAUCGAGGUACAGAUCAACAACGAGCAUAUCUUCCCCACCAACGUCGGUACUCCCUUUCCCAAGACCUUCAUGCAGGUAGCGAAGAAGAUCUUGUCGCGCCUGUUCCGUGUGUUCGUCCACGUCUACAUCCACCACUUUGAUCGUGUGAGUCAGAUGGGAGCAGAGGCUCACGUCAACACCUGCUACAAGCACUUCUACUACUUUGUGACCGAGUUCAACCUCACCGAUCACAAGGAGCUGGAGCCACUGAAAGAGAUGACGUCCCGGAUGUGUCAUUGAGAGAGCUCCACCGACCACCUGAGGCCGUUCCCACACGCAAGACCAGAAGAAGUAGAUAAGGCAGACCGAAUCUAAAGAGUCUUUAUUUUUUAUAAGCAAAGUACUGUAGUCUAUUUUAACCAUGUAGGUUUAACCAAGAAUCUCUCUCUUUUUAAUGUUUUUUUGCAUAUUUGAUCAAAGUACAGUGUUAAGAGAUAUGUCUUUGUGGAUGCCUUUUUAAUUUUGAAUCUGAAGCAUUCCUGUAAUUAGUUUGUUUUCUUUUCUACAAAGAACCUGUGUGAUUGUACAUACGGUAUCUAAGAUGUUAGUAUGUAUUAAAUGUACCAGUGUUCUAUUCAAUAAUCUGUGUUUUAUGUAUGUUGUUGUUUAGUUUUUUUUCUUCCCAAAUGACCAUGCAAUUUUUUACAGUUUAAUUUACAUUUCAGUACACACCAUUGCAUUGUGUGUGAAUUACUGGAGGGCAUAGUUUCACAGACAAUAGCUGAUUUUGUGUGUGUGUGUGUUUGUUUGUUUGUUUUUAGAACUGGAACUGAGUUGGGUCUGAAUCCAUGUCUUUCCUUGUGCAGUCACACAUUUUCAAUACACCAUUUCUAAGUA